AUGGCGACUGGCAAGAUCGUGGUGAAGGCGCUCGACAUGGGCCAAGAGAUCAAGGACGAGGCAGUAAAAGUUGCCAAGGAAGCCCUGGCCGAGCACAAGCUCGAACGUGACAUUGCCAAGCAUGUGAAGCAGACAUUCGACAAGAGAUACAGCCCUACGUGGCACUGCAUCGUGGGCAAGAGCUUCGGAUCCUUCGUCACCCACGAGACCAACGGCUUCAUCUACUUCUACAUCGACGACAUCGCCUUCCUUCUUUGGAAAUCUGGAUAA